UUAUUCACAUGUUUUAUACGUGUUCCGGUCAUCACAGAUCUUCCGGAUGUGGUGAACUUGAGCCUUGUUUCAACUACGGACAACUCUUUUACUGUAACAUGGGAACGACCUGAAGGAAGCUUCGACUAUUAUGUGCUUUACAUAUCGCACUACAAUCAUGAUAGUGCUGGGCACGCUGAGAACAUAGCAGGCUCCUGCGCAAAUGGCACCAUUAUUCAUCGUGACCAGACGCAGUUGACCUGCGAGAAUCUCGAGACUUGUUCACACGUGAACAUCGAUGUGCGCACGCACAGCCCUGGACCCCCUGAACGCACAUCAACGGGCGCUGUUCUGCGCGGCAUUUUUAUUCCCGGUGUAGACCAGGUCGCGCCAGUUGGCAUUAGCAUGGUCUCCCUCUCAGCGUCUGAAACAUUGAUUCGAUGGGGACCUCCUCCAAAAGUCUCUGGCUUCCUCACUGGAUAUACCAUACAGACAUGUCACACGUUUGCACUUUGUGACGCCGACGAAAGCGUGAGAGGUUGCAUCGAGCACCAUACCUCCGAAGCAUCGCUGCAGAUUCAGACCAAAGCUGACACUCCCUACUGUAUAUUAGUCAUCGCCAUCGCGCGGUGUGGCCUGGAUACAAUUUCCAGCCCUCCGGCUGCGCAGCAAAUCUGGACACCGUUAUUUGCCCUUCCGGACGUGGAAAACCUGCGUUUGGUGUCAGCAGGCAACCAUGCUAUGACUGUGACAUGGGAUCGGCCACAGGCGCAGUUUGACUAUUACCGUAUUAUUGUCACUGCUGGUAGCGAGUCUAGUGACGGAUCUUCUGGUCGCUACAGCGUCGGUUCCUGCGGAAAUGGGACCAUUAUUCACCCUGACCAAAAUCGAGUGACAUGCGGCUACUUAGAAGCAUGCAGCAGUGUCACUUUCAGAAUGAGUACCUACAGGAAAGGGCCAACACAGCUGAUGUCCUCGGACACUUCACUCCAGGACAUAUUAAUCCCGGGCGAUGCUCCAGAUUCACCACGAAACAUCACUAUUGAGACGGAAGCACCUACGUCACCAAAAAUGAAAUGGGAGUCACCUACGAAGUUUGAAGGCGUGCUUGGCGAGUACAUAGUCAAAGUAUGCAAGACCUACGCAGUUUGCACUUCAGGAGACACGAUGUGGAACUGCACAGAGUAUCGCACGUCAUCGACUGGGCUUCAACUAAACGGCACGUCUGUUCCUUUCUGCGUGUUGGUGACAGCCACCUCCCAAUGUGGUACCGACAUACUUGUCAGUCACCCAUUAGCAACAGAAGCGACGGCCUUCAUGUCUGCGCACCUACAAAGACAAUUGUUCCAAUGGGUUGCCUGGGAUGGAGAUAUCGUCCCUAAAAAUGCAGUACCCGGUGGGCAGGACAAAUACGGCGUCAUUUACAUCUGUAGGGCCAAACACCACGGCGAUGUGAUACCUGGAAAAUUGGUCUCCUGGCACAAGAGAUGCUACAUUGCAUACGAUGGAGCAGAGCACGGCUACGAGGAAUUCGAGGUCUUUCUCAAUGAAGAAACUCCGGCUGCGGUUGAAUGGGUGCCAGUUUUCAACUGUUCGCUGCCAAGUGGAAUCGUCCAAGGCGGCAUCACCUACGGCGGCAUACCGCUGUACAUCGGGCGCACCAAUCACAGUGGCCGGCUAAACAUUGGAAAGGUGGUCUCGUCUGAUGGUUGCCUCUAUAUACCUUACUAUAGCAAAGAACACCGCUACACUGAAUACGAAGCACUAGUCGUCGAGUACGUCAACAACUGAGAAAGUGCCUGGAAAUAUUUUAAAAACCAUUUCCGCUUCUGUAAUCACCAAGUCUUCAAGAGAAGUCAUGUGCACUCAUUAUCUCAUUUUUCAUUAUUUUGCAAAUAGUUAAAACACUUGCGUAAAGUUGAAGUACAUAAACACAAUAAAAGAACAACUUU